AAUUUUCUGUUGAUCUUGAGUUGCAGAAUGUACCGAACAACGUUAGGAGCUCGUCGCAGAGACAAGAUUCUAAAUAAUUGGGACCGUCAUUUGAACACGGCGAGGUCUUCUCUCUUUCAUCUAAAUGGACAACUCAAUGAAUGCCUCUCCCACCAAAGGUACUUGGCCAAUGAGAAGCAAUUAAGAGCGAAUUCCGCACUACAGGAGAACUCCUAUGAUUAUUGGAAUCCAAAAAUGAACCGAAGCAUAAGAAUGGCUGCAAGUCCAAGUCGUUUGCUUCAAGUUUACACCAUACCACGAGGCAACAUCAAUUGGGAUAUUGAUUUCCGCCACCGAAUAAAAAUGACCGAUCAGGGCGUGUUCUACGUCAGCAAACCAGGAUCCUCUCUCCCAAUCCAGACUCGGGACGAAUAUGGCUUCAAAAUUUUGACCAAUCUAGAAACCUUGCAAAGCGAAUCUGAGCGAGAACAAGCUCACGAAGAGUUGAAAUCUCGUUGGCAAAGUCGUCGCCGCCGCUCAGAUGAGAAUUUGUUCCAACAAAAUUGGCCACUUUUGGACCGUAGAAGCACUCUAUCUAUGUUUGAUAUGAUCACCAAACCUAAACUGGACGGAACAACUUCCCACAAAGGAACAGCUCCGCAGAAACACAAAGCCACAAUCCCUGCUCAACAGGCUUAAUGCCUUAGCCAUUGUACUUAUACAAGAGAGCGAAAUUGACCCAAUGAACGGACGAGACGAAAAAAUUACCCCAGGGGACCACAUGUAUGACACAAUUUUUUUGAAAAUAACUUCAUCUCUUCUAGUCAUUAGAUAUGGAUAAAAAUUGUAGAAAAUCCUUCCAGACCUCGAGAUUUUCCGAACUCGUCGAAUCGAUCCUUUUUUUGUUACAUUAGGUUUGGAUUGUCAUAAUCGGCGUCCUCCUUCCUCCUUUCGAAAUACCAUCAGUGCUGCCGGAUAAAGUGGAUCGAUUAUCACCCAACUUUUGCCAAAAAUAACCAGUUUUAUCACCAGAUUUUUGGGGCUGCAAAGAAAAAUAACCAAA